AUGCCUAAACCCACUCAUUCAGCAUCUGCCUCGCCCGCCCGCAAGACGGCGCGCCGCCGCGUCCGCCGCCAGCGUUCUCGUGCUCGACGUCUCAACCAACAACGUGCCAGCGGGCCUUCCAACCGGCGGCCCGUCAAGCGAAGAAAGCUCCGUGAUCAAGCUUCGCUGGAUCUCGGAGAAUGUCUAUACGAAUGUCAAGAACGUGGCUACCACAUGGAUUCCGAUGUUUGCCUUGGGCGAGGAGUGUUCUCUACUGGGAACCAAUACCCACUUCUCGAUCUGGAUGUGAGCGACCCGGAACCCUCCAUCGAAGGACCCUCACCGGACCUCCCGCACUCCCCGCAGAGCCUUGCAGCUCUCAUGCAUCCUGCAAGUUAUUAUUGUCCUCCGAGUCCCGAAGUCGAAACGCAAAGAGCCGUGCUUAAGCCGAAAAAGCCACGCAGUUUCAAAGAGAUCACACAAUCUCCAUCUUCUUUGUUCCCCAUGUCCUUCGGUCAUGGAGGCUCUGAUGCUGGUUUUAGAGUCAAAAUCCCCGACGAACUUGCGGAUCCACCUGUUGAGGAGCAGCCACGCCAGUACCGCAUAGGAUUCCUGGAUAACAUACAUAUCCCUAGUCCGACACUAUACCGCAGCCUGAGCCAAGGAAUGCCUAGCUCAUCCACAGAGAAGGAGUUUCCUUUCUUUGAAUUCGCCUACGGUCAACCUAGGCCCGAGCCUGACUUUACAAGUUAUCGCACACUCGGAGAUUCAGAGAGGCUAUUAGAAGCUGGUCUACUAACCGGCCCCGAAGUGUCAACCUCCUUUAAGUCUUCACUACCGUUGACGAAUCGAACCUCUCUCACACAGCGCGCCGCGUUUUCACCUGGCCAAGCAGCGGACAAUAGCGCCAAUGACGGUGGUUCGGAGCAAACGCCAGGUCGAACAUUAACCGAUCAAUUUCCAAUGCCUGGUCGCUACCCUUCUAUUUCAGACGAGAUCCCCAGACCUAAAAGUCCGCAUCCAAAUGCUAUUUCCAACAUCUCCUGGUUCUACGAUGCAAAGGACGACACUCUGAUAUUUCCAAUGUUGUGGUCUUCUGGUUCCUUGCAGGAUGUUGUGUCUAGCAACCGAAGUCCCAAUAACACUGUCGAGACAGGGGCCAAUCCAGCUGCCAGUGCCGAUGAUCAUGAUGCCAUGUGCCGGAUCGAUGUUUUUGACAUGCUUCCUACUUCGUUACAGCCUUGUUAUGCAUCCGGACGACGUCCAUCGACUCUGGACCUUGACGAUUGCGUCAAAUGCAAGCCUUGCGAGACAGUCAGCUUGUCGCUUAGCCCUCACUCGUAUGCACCGUCAGGACGUGCAGACACCAGCAAGGACAUCGUGCAGGUGACACUCCACCGCCAUCCUUUUACCGGGUGGCCUUUUGCACAUUGCGGCGUUGACAAUGGAACGGAUGAGCCUCGAACGUCACAGCGGACUGUGGACAGCCAGGUCGGUGGAACGGAGAAUGAUUUGAAGAUGGUCGAGUGGGUGAAGGGUCUGGGUUUCCCGGCUGAGCCAUCAAAUUCCAAUGGAAGCGUUUCGAGCGAUGAUAUACCUCAGCCACGUCUCAAGUCCGCAACCGCCCCUUCAACUUCCCCAGCUCGUGAAGCGAAUCCGACCAUGCCUGGGCAAGGACCUGAAAUGGCCGCCCCUAGAGGUCCCGACGACAAACAGGCCGGGGUGGACGCAGCCGAAGACGAGGGUUAUUACACCGCCAACGAACAUGACACCGAUCUUGAAAUUGUGACUGGAUAUCAAAGUGAGGAUGAAUGGGCGGAAUGGGACUGGGACUGGAAAUCGGAGUCGGGUGAGGAGGAGGCCGACAGCCGCAUUGGACUUUACGCCACAGAUUGGGAAUAG